AUGCAGGACACGCCAGUGAAGCUUGCAAUCGUCAUGAAGGUCAUGGGCCGCACAGGCAGUCGGGGUCAGGUCACCCAGGUGCGCGUCAAGUUUUUGGACGAUCAGAACAGACUCAUCAUGCGCAACGUCAAGGGCCCCGUGCGCGAAGGCGACAUCCUGACCCUGCUCGAGUCUGAGCGCGAGGCCCGCCGUCUCCGCUAG